CAAGACAUCGAUUACGAUGCCAUUGAAAGGCUUGAAUACCUAAAUGCCUGUCUUAAUGAAACCCUACGUCUGUUUGCACCGGCUUUGGCACUGGAAAGGGAGGCUUCAGAAGACAUUACUUUGACUGGUGAUGGAGGCCCUGAUGAUUACAUCAAGGUCUUUAAGGGUGAUAUGGUUCAAAUACUUGUAUCUCAAUUACAUAAAGACCCGGAACAGUUCAAUGAUCCAGAAAAGUUUGAACCGGAUAGAUUUUUACCACAAAAUAUUUCACACCAUCCCUACUCAUACCUGCCGUUUGGCGCCGGACCUCGUAAUUGUGUGGCCAAACGCUUGGCACUAAUGGAGGCAAAGUUGGCUAUACUUUACUCCGUAUAUAAUUAUCGAUACUAUCGGCGGGACAAUAGCCAGCAGUGGAAGGAUAGGAAUAUAAAGCCGGGAAAUCCCAAUUCACUCUAUCAGUUGGUCUGGAAAAAACGAUUUCCCGAAGAAUUAUAUCGUUAUGGAGACAAAAAAUAUGGUAAAUUGUACGGCUUUAACGGGUUGGGCACCACAACUAUCGUAUGCGCCCGAACUGACUUCAUAAGUCAAGUGCUCAGCAAAGAGUUUGCAACUUUUAAUCAGAGACGGAGUAUGGGAUCCUCAGGAGGAGACCCCAUAAUGGAUAACAUGUUACACGUAGUGAUGGGCGACCAAUGGAAACGCCUGCGGGCUAUAGUGUCGCCCACUUUCUCGACCGGAAAGUUACGCAAAAUGCGGCCUUUGAUUGACGACUGUUUGCAAACAUUAGUUACAAAUAUUGGCAAAAUGUCGGCCAAUAGUGACCACUCGGUGGACAUGAAAACAAUUUACGGCGCGUAUACUAUGGAAGUGAUAAUACAAGUGGCGUUUGGGACAAAAGUGGACGCACUUAUUGACGACAAGAACCCCAUUAUAUUGAAUGCCAAAGAAUUAAUGGCCAACUUUUCUGUCAGCAAAUUGCCGAGGAUUAUGCUUAUUAUGUUAUUGCCUAAAUUGGCUAAGCUUUUAGGCCUACAAUUAUUUCCUCGACAUAUUCUCGCAUUUUUUGCUGAUUUCGUUCAUAAGAUAAUCGCUGAGCGCCGCAGCCGUAAGGCAUCAGAUGGUGACAAGAGAUAUGACUUUUUGCAACUUUUAUUGGACGCAAACGAACGAAAUAAUGAGGAAAAUAAUGUCAAGCAAUUUAAUGCUAAAUCAUUCAAAUUGUGUGUCAUUUACAGACCUCCCGGACCUGACAGUGAGUUUUGCAGUUUUUUCGAAGAGUUUCUGCAAAAGUAUUCAAAUGAAGAGUUGAUAAUAACGGGUGACAUAAAUAUCGAUCUCCAGAAAAGUGAUACUAAAUAUGAGAAGAUAUACUCAGAUAAGGGUUUCACACAAUUAGUUACCGAACCGACUCGUACUACAGUCACAACCAAUACAAUCAUUGACCACAUAUUGACAAACAAUACGCAAAACAUCUCUGGUUGUGGUGUAUUAGACCUCACU